GUGACCUCUCGCGAGUGUGCGAGCAAGGGAGACAGAAUUGGAACGUGACCGCCCGAGCACGCGGGAACCAAGAAGGGGGUGGGAAAAUUGGACCCCCCGCGUGUGUUUCGGGGAAAUGGGGCGAGCCUGCAAACAGCUGUGCAGUUAGCGGCGGCUGGCUGGCUGGGGAGUGUGGUGAGAGAGAAAUAAUCUCUGUGAGGUGCAGAUGGAGAGCAGUUCUGCCGCCGCGAGAGAAAGGUUGCUACCCAGCGAAGCAGAGGCGUUUGUGAGCGAGCUGCGCACCUUCCAAGUAAAGCAAAUCGGAUCUGACAAAUGGAUGACACAGCGAGAAAGGCUAGAGAGGCUACAUUUGCAGGCUUACAGCAACGUCUCUCAAAAUUCUGACGAAUUCAUCAAAGAUUUCAUCAUUUCGUACAACAAGCUUCCAUUGCUAGUUCACGAGUUGUUGGUCGUCGAAGUGUGGAGAGACAAAGUAUUUCCCGUGAUGCUGCAGAUUUGCAAAGCCCCCACUUCUUCCUUUAUUACCUACAUUGUCCUGUAUUUUGAGUCUGUGCUGGCUGGUCUACUGGAACUAGGUCUCUAUUACCGAGAGAUGUGUGAGGUGGAGGAGAGAGAAUGUGUGGUUGAUCUUCUAGACUACUGUCAUCGGAGGAUCACUGCAGUUCUUAGUGAGGAGGGAGAGGAGGGAGAGAGAGAGGAAGAAAGCAGUGAUGAAGAAGACCCGGAGAACCCCAAAGUUGAUCUAUUGAAGAGAAAGCCCUGGAUUAGGAGGAACGAGAAAGGUGACACGGAGCGUUACGACGAUCGAUGGGUUCCCGUGGAAACGAGCGAGCGACUGAAGAUCUCAAAGUUAAGGGCGUACCUCACGGAACCGACCUUGGAGCAGAUUCCGGCUUUGGCUGAUCUUCAGCGAUACCUGGAGCACUUGUCCAUCAUGGAACCUCCUCCUGGCAAGAGACAACUUAUUCUAGAACAGGUGCCAGUGAUCCGUGAGGAGAUACUGAGGACCAACAUAGACCAGUGGGAUGCCAUAGCAACCAGACAUGUCUCUCUCAUGUUGGAGCCUGACGUCCAGAGAGUCCAGGAGCUGGCCAAAGGGUGGGUGAGCACGUUUGGGGAGCAGUUUCUGGAGCCCUCUACCUGUGCUGUAUGUGGGGGGGAAGCCAUGAAGAGAUGCUCUAGAUGCCGCGUCGAAUGGUAUUGCAGCAGAGAGUGUCAGGUAAAAGAUUGGAAACGUCACAAGCCAAUCUGUCAGGAACUGAACAGAUCUCACUCCAAUUAAUGACCAUCACUACUAUUAUGCCCCAAUCAACUAUAUAUUAGCAUGCAUAUGUAUGCAUCCUUUCAAUGUGAACGUAUAUGCACACAAGAGAUAAUGGAUAAUGCAAAAGAUAGCUAUGGUUUCUAUUAUGGUGCUACUAUAGUAAUGCUUCAAUCAUAUUAUAACUUUCACAUUAUCGAUCGUUUCAAUGUUCGGCAAACCAUUUACAUCUGUUGGUACGUAACACAUCCGUAAACCACAACACGAUGAUAAUAUAUGCAAACUUCUGCUAUUAAUUAUAUAUGAGAGUUUCUAUAAUGAAGGUGCUACGAUCUAGGGUUUUUCUGUGUAAGCGUAGCGAGAUAAAUAGAAAACGCUCCCUCUAUACAUGACGUGCUGUGCCUUCAGAUGCCUGUAGCAGUCUUUCCAGCCGGAGAAUCGCGGCAUGUACGGCUGCGUCCCUAUUUGUAGUCCGCUGUCAUUUGCCGACAUGACUGCUCUCAUCAACUCAAACGGAUAGGCGUAGGAUCGAGGGACAUAGGAAAUCAAGAACGGUCGAACGAGGCCUUUAAUUAGGGUCUUCCCCACGUCCUGGGUGAUCAUCUUUGCGAUCAGUUCGAGCCCCACCCACAGUGUCACAUGCAUCACCGUCGACAACACCCCGCCCAGAAGAGCCGGGACCACACCCUUGUAGAAACCUGCCACGCCCUCCCGGUGGUAUAUUUCCAGCACAGAGCUCCAUACGCUGUCGUAGAGUGAUUCCUUGCCGACGUGUUGCGCAAUCAUUCGCACGUUUAUGGUGAAGAGUGGUUGACGAAUGAUUAUAACGGCCGAGCGGACAAUGAGUUGGUUGCAAAAAAGGCGAACUCCGCGGACGAGGAUGGCUCGCGUCGUCUCGAUAUUGUCCUCGUUAUCAGGGGUGUCCCCGUUGCUAGGGACAACACUGAGGGGGAUUUUCCCCACUAUUUCUUUCACAACAGGUGACAGGAGGGAACUCGCGACAAUGGCAGUGAUUUCGGAUGCCAGAUUCCCCGUGACUCCUCGAUACAGCUCCAUCCAGCCGUCUUUCCUGGCAAUUGCUCUCGCAUAGCCUAUAAGGCCCGGCCAAUAGUACAUGUAUCGCUGGAAGACGAUGCUAUAGCGUCGUUCUGGCGGUACCGGCUCGUAACCUAGCUGUAUCAGAACGUGUACGAAGCGCAUUGGGUACAGUGGUGUCAUGAGGAACGCCUGAGUGACCCUCGAACGGAGAGUGGGGUUGCUUUGUGGGCCUCCGAGCCGCGGGAAACCAGCCGGGAAGGCUCCGCGGUUCUGGAUAAUGCCCACCUCAGGUUCCCGGAGAUCGGGCGGCGGCGGGCGUCUCUCUUCGGGCAGGCCAGCCGCUUCUUCUCUGGGAGAGAACGGCGGACUCGCCGUCUCUUGUUUCGCCAGUACCGGCGGGACUUCUGCCUCUGCGCUCAAAGAGCUUGAAGUCGACAUCUCCACGGUGGUAUUAUAC